CAAGUGAGCCCAAGUUAUUGAUCACCAUGAGUUUCGGUUUAACUACACACCUUCUCCCUCCAUUUGCACUCAAGAACACCACAACCACAACCACCAUCAAACAAUCCCCAAUUCAAUCAUCAACAUUAUCAGCUUUCUUCUCGCAAAACCCUAAUCCCAAAAAACCAUCUCUUUUAUCAAAUCAUCUGCUCUCUGUAGCCAUUGCCCUCAUCACCCUUACUUCACCACCGCCCUCCAUUGCACUCCCUUCUCUCAGCAACUCCCUUCCGCCGCCCAAUUUACCCCCCGCCACCACCCCAUUCUCUCAAUCCAAGAACCUACUCACCGGAUUAGACAAUGGGAAAAUCAGACCGUGUCCAUCGAACAAUCCUGGGUGUGUUUCAAGUAACCCACAGUCAUCAUCUUUUGCCUUCCCUUGGAGAGUCCCAGACAAGUCUAUCGAUAAUGCCCUCCAGCAAUUGCAACAAUCAAUUCUAGAAACACAGAAAAAUGCCACGAUUGAGAUCGUUGAGGAUACCCCAGAUGGCCAAUAUUUACAGGCCACGGUUGAUGGAGGAUUUGGGCGAGAUGUUCUUGAGUUCUUGGUGAAAGGAGAUGUGGUCUCUUAUAGGUGCAUGGCCACAAAAGUUACAUAUAUUUACCCUUUUACCACAGCCUUAGGGGAUUCAAAGGGUCAAGAAGAAAGAAUAAGGAAGGUUGUUGACCAAUUAGGGUGGGAUGCUCCUAGCUUUAGUGCCAUGGAUUAGGGUCACUAUGAAUGUAUAUAUACACAUUUACACAAUCCUGUUCAUUAUCUUCACUUUGUUUGUGUCUACAUAAUUUGAAUAUGAGAUAGUACUGUUCGAUUCAUUCAAUGAUUUUGUUGUGUUUACUUA